CAUACCGUGCGCUCACGUCAGACAUAUACAAAAAUUCCGAUAGGCCUUAAAUGCAGCAGUUUGCUUCAUAACAGCCCUGCUAAACUGUCGGAGGUUUGUGCAUGAAGCAGAAAGGAAGGCGUCAUGGCUGCACUGUUUAAAGCUAGAAAAGCUCUUGGCUUGUGUCUCAGUGGCUGUCGAAGUCUGACUCAGCUCGCAGAGUUACCAGAGACUCAUCAGCUACUAAGACAGACCUGCAGAGACUACGCUGACAGAGAACUGAUGCCCAUCGCUGCCAAACUAGACAAAGAGCAUGUCUUCCCUGCCAAACAGAUUCAUGAGUUGGGGGCGAUGGGCGUAAUGGCGAUGGAGGUACCGGAGGAGCUGGGCGGAGCUGGGAUGGACUACCUUGCUUACAGUCUGGCUAUGGAGGAGAUCAGCAGAGGCUGCGCCAGCACAGGAGUUGUGGUCUCUGUUAACAAUUCUCUGUAUAUCGGACCGAUACUGAAGUUUGGUACAGUGGAACAGAAAAAACAAUGGAUCGCUCCGUUCACCACUGGAGAGAAGGUGGGCUGUUUCGCCCUCAGUGAGCCAGGUAAUGGCAGUGAUGCGGGUGCAGCCUCCACGUUAGCUCGCCAGGAAGGAGACCAGUGGGUGCUGAACGGAACCAAAGCCUGGAUCACCAACUCCUGGGACGCCUCUGCCACCGUCGUGUUCGCCACCACGGACAAGAAGCUCAAACACAAGGGUAUCAGUGCCUUUCUGGUCCCCAUGCCACACCCAGGACUUUCUCUGGGGAAGAAGGAGGACAAGCUGGGCAUCAGGGCCUCGUCCACCGCCAACAUCAUCCUGGAGGACUGCAGGAUACCUCUGGAAAACAUGCUGGGCCCACGCGGUGCAGGAUUCAGAAUUGCCAUGCAAACCCUGGACAGUGGACGGAUCGGCAUUGCGGCUCAGGCUCUCGGCAUCGCCCAGGCUGCUCUGGACUGUGCUGCCGACUACGCACACAAACGAACUGCAUUUGGAGCCCCAAUCGGCAAACUACAGGCUAUACAGUUCAAACUGGCUGACAUGGCUGUGGCGGUGGAGAGUGCUCGUCUGCUCACCUGGAAGGCUGCGAUUCUUAAAGAUUCAAACAAACCCUUCAUUAAGGAGGCAGCCAUGGCCAAACUGGCAGCAUCUGAAGCCGCCACGUUCUGCUCACAUCAGGCAAUCCAGGUUCUAGGUGGGAUGGGUUACGUGACAGACAUGCCCGCUGAGAGGCACUACCGAGAUGCUCGCAUUACAGAGAUCUAUGAGGGCACCAGCGAGAUCCAGAGACUGGUUAUCGCCGGCCAGCUUCUGAAGGAGUAUCAGUCAUAAAGGCGCUUCUGUUGGUGACUUUGGUACAAAAUGGACACACAAUCCCAGAUCUGUCGGAGACCUCACCUCAUCCAUAAACAUAAGGAAGCCAGUGCGAUCGAGGUGCAGCUUUUACACAUUUAGGUGACCAGCCAUUGUAUCAGGGUUAGAUCGAAAAUAACGCUGCAAAGAUUCAGAGGAAAUUCACUAGAUUUUACGUCUCCAUCGUCUCGCUUCCCAAGAAAAUCCAGGAUUUAAAGCGACAUAAUUUACCUUCACUGCCUUAAAAUGAUAUCAGUGCUUUGCCAGUUUAAAGGGUCAGUUCACUUACUUUUAAAACAAGGGUAUCUUUUCUCCUUGGGGCAUUUAGCUGUGCGGGUAGUUUUAGUUUUAUAUGUUUAUACAGUGAUUUAAAAAACAGAAUUUUAUAAAUGUGUAUUUAAUUCACAAGUGAGACGUAAACAAAACAUUUUUUACACAUACAGGCAUGUGCAGCUUACACACUUAAUUACGCCUGCAUUAUCUGGCAUUAGAUAACAUAUCCAGGCAUAUAUUACAUAUCAGUGCCAGGGCAAGUGGGGUAAUAGAUCUGAGACUUAUGGUAAUAAAUUGUGAAACUGCAGCUGUUUUAAACAAAGACAGUUCAAAGUUCUUUACAUAAGCACAAGCAUUCAAAAAUAAGAAUUCAAGACAGUACAAACAAUUAGAAUAGCAUGCAAAUAUAAUCUAAGUGUAAUUUGUUGCCUACUAAAGCUCAGGUCCAGGUUCGCAUCUCUGCUCCUUAGUGGACCUGCAAUGACCUCCACUGGCCAGAACUGAGUCUGCACAUGAAGUCAUAGUUUCAUUUUGGUUAAAGAGUCCAUAUUCUGCUUUUAUGUUCUUCCCUUCCUUCAGUCUUACAUAGCUGCUUUUUCUGCGUAUACAAGGUCUGUAAACUUAGAAAGCCCAGAGUUCAUGUCAAAGGGAAUUACUCACUCUCACAGAAAACUGUAUGAAACACCUUGUUUGAAGUCCAGGCUUUUCUUCCAUUGAUUGACAUCACCAUGUGACACAUAGUGAGCUACUGCCAUGUAAUCUCGCAUUAUUUCCUUACUGGUAAGCAUCACUAUAUUUUGAGAUCUGAGAUUACCAACCAAUGUUACCUUUUUGUUUUUCGGGCAAACUGGAAAAUCAGAAGAGACUGAGCAUUUCAGGAAUGGAAGGCUUAAAAAGACAGGCACUAAAACAGGGCAUUUCAGACAAAAUAAAUGCUAACAAUGUACAACACAAAAAAAAAUGUGCUUUUAAACAUUGAAACCUGUAAAUAUGUUCUAGGAGACCCCAAAAUAUAAUGAUAAACCUGUAAUUGUGUAGCAUCCGGACUCUUAAAGCCAACCCGUUUUCUAAGCCGCUGGCAUCACAGAAAUACGCACAAAGCGCUGUUUGGCAUUAGUGCCACCCACUUUGAAACUCGUAUGUGUAUAUAUACACUACCGUUUAAAAAUUUGGGGUCACUUAGAAGUGUGCUUAUUUUUGAAAGAAAAGCAAAAAGAAAAGGUUUUUUUCAAUGAAAAUAACAUUAAAUGAAUCCGUAAUACAGUCUAGACAUUGUUAAUGUGGUAAAUGACUAUUCUAGCUGGAAACAGCUGAUUGUGUUAGCUAAUGGUGUUGAAAGGCUAAUUAGUGAUUAGAAAACCCUUGAGCAAUUAUGUUAACACAUGAAUAAAAGUGUGCGUUUUCAUGGAAAACAUGAAAUUGUCUGGGUGACAACAAACUUCAAUAUAUAUAUAAAUAUAUAUGCACAUAUGGCACAGUGGUGACAUAAUUCUCUGAACUUUCACCAAGAACACUGAGGUUUGCAUUCUUAUUUUAUCACUUAGCUUCAUUAUAUUUUGUGACUUAAGCUUGGUUUUCACUUGCUAUUAGGUUAAGUUUAAGCACCUAAGUGUAAAAAAGUCCUGGUUUUGAUUCAAACAUACCUUUUCACAGUGUUGACGACAUGUUACAAGGCACACUUCUAGUUACUUGAAAAGAAGCCACAGUAAUUGCCUUUAUAUUACAUAUUUUUUAUGUGCGUUUUGAAAUAUAGCAUUAGAAAAAGUAAAUGAAAUGGCAAAUUUAAAAAAAAAAAAAAACCUAAUUUACACUCGCUUGAGAUGGUUUUAGCUUUCUCUUAAGACUUAAUGAGCUUCGUGGGAGGUUGAGACACCUUUUCUGAACAAGUUAUGAUGUCGUGAACAUUGAACUCACAUGACUAAUCAGCUCUUUCUGCUUUUGUUGUCUUUGCAAGACAACAAAAGCAGAACCUGCAUAAACCUGGCCCAUACCAGCUGACAUGGAAGAAUAAUUCCCACUUUUUAACAAUUGAGAACAAAUACCGAAGGCUUCUUUUCAUUUUUCUCUCUUAUAUGGACAUCGUGUUGUUUCGUCUUCAAAAUUUUUUAGCAGAUGAAACAACUGGAUUUGUUUCCAGUUCCAGUUCACUUCUACUGUUAAUUACAAUCGUAUCGCCUACAGCGCCACCUUCUGACAACACUACGCAGCCUAGUUAAUUCACUCCAAAGCAGUUAAUGGAAAUUAACCUAAUUUGCUUCAGAUGAGGUCAGGCUCAUAAACUAAUGCAGACUUUAAAAAAAAAAAAAUACUCUUUAACAACAGAAUAACAAACUCAGCAACAAGUGUUUAAUAGUUUUGAAUCACAGUUAGAUAAAUAGAAUGAAUUCCCUUCUUGAAGUACUCUGUGUUUUUUUUUUAGUGUGAACUGACCCUUUAAGAUGAUGAACAGUACAGAUGGUCCUGACACUGACUUCCAUCUACAUUUUCCAGUCCCAUUCUGUGCUCUCUACGAGGAGCUUCCACCACCAGAGGGCGACUCAGUGCCUUCAUGUUUCUGUCUCAUCACCUGCAAUCUGAUUCAUCAAACACUCAUCAUCAGAAUGUACGCUCUUGUUGCUGACUGCAGUUUACCUCAUUUGGAGAUGGUAGUUAAUUGGAGGAAAUUCUUGAUCAGUGCAGUUUCCGGUUAAUUGUGUGAAUUUGUCAAAUGCUGUGCGAGGCUGUGUAAUGAAAUGCAGCACGUCGGUGCCUCAAUAUCUUGUACAUAUUUUAAUGUUAUUGAUUGUGUGCAGAUGAUGAUACUAACACAAUAACAGUGCUUUGGAGAUGCUACACAUAAAUUAUGGAUUUUUGACAUUAAAAAUGAAACAUGAGAAUCUUUAACAA